CUUCGGUUCUCACGAGUGUGGCGGCACUUGACAAAGACAGAUUGAAGUUUUGGGAGUUACCAUUAUGGAGAAGAAUGGAGUAUACUAGAUUGAGGACAUUUGAUUUAUUUACAUAUGUUUAAUUGUAGAAAUGUCAGUGGUGUUGUCCUUAUUUAUGUUUGCUCACAGUUUUGUGUAUAGAGAAAACAAAUUAGUGAAUAGAGCCAAAUUUAUUAAGUUCAGUUAAAUAUAUAUAUUUUUAAUGAUACAGUAUAAUGUUGCUUCCUGUGAUUAUCCCUAAACUAUUCAGCAUACAAAUCUACACUCAUUACUAUAAUAACAAAUGUGCCGUAAUUAAGUUAUUUACUGUUGUUUCAAGCAGCUCAACAGGAAAGUGAGCGUAGAGGUGAGCAAAGCAGACCUAUGAUUUUUUUUUUUUUUCUUCGUAUAUCUGUUUAGCCUGAGACGUGUUAUUUACUCUACCAGUUUUUGUCUGUCGCGAGAGUAGUGCUCGCUCGCUCGCUCGCUCUCUCGCUCUCUCUCUCUCUGUGUAUAAUGGCACAGCAUUACCUGCCCUCAUUUCUUUAUUCAGAAAGCCUUAUGAAGUGCCAGGAGACUCAGCCAUGAGGUGGCGAGGAUACACAUACAGCAGUUGUAUACCGUGAUUUUUACAGUCUCUGUAAUGAAAGUGCCGUGAUCAAGCAAGGAAAUCGUUUUGGAAUUUGGAUUCAUAGUAAAGCGGGGUUUGCGCAGCACUGUCAUGAUUUGAUGUGCGGCACAUGCAUGCAGUGAACAAGACGACCGCGCGAGAUAUUUAGACAUGUAGAGGAGCUGAAUUUGCAGGACCGUGGUAGGCUAAAACACGUCUGAGGAGGUCAGCAGAGUAAAUUUCAGCUGCAGCUCUGAGUCCAAAUGGGCUUUGCAGAGCAAUCCCAGAAACACUGACGUUCAAGUUGCAUGGGGCUAUUUUCUUUUCAGCGAGCGGUUCUCCUCCUGCACUGUCCUCUUGUUUUCACUACUUUAGAUAUAAUCAAGACUGGCAAGAAUUACACCAAAGCAUAUGAGACCAUCAUCCUUCUUUGCAAAAAGGAGAAGGUCAAAAUUGGAACCUGCUUGGUCAGUCGUUUAAGAUGCUACUAUAAGAAAGACUGUGGCAGGGAGUACAUGUUAAUGAAACUGAUUUGUUCAGUGAGCUCAAACCAGAGCAGUCAUGCUCAUGAGUACCCAGACUGCCAAGAAGGGGGUAAUGAAGCCAGCCUGCUGGUGUCCCCUUUGGUGGUGGCUGGCAUCGUCAUCGGCCUGGUGCUCUUCCUCUCCUGCAUCACCAUCAUUGUGGGCAGUCUGCGCAAAGACAGCCGACUGCGCAACCCCCACCUGCGUGCCAGCUACGCUCCAGAUGGCCUCUCAUAUGGUGGCUCCAUUGGAGAGCUGAGGUCCACUUGUGUUGAGGACUUUCCCCCUGCUUUUGACUUUGACUCCUAUGUGGAGACGCUGUCUCAAGUCAACGUCAUGUACCCAGAUUCCCCACCUCAUUACGAUGAAUGUGUGGGACAAGGGACGCAAAUAUAUGUUCCUACGGACGAUCCACCCCCCUACUCCCUCACAGACCCAUGCCGUGAGCAGCCAGCCUCACACUAUCACAGAGAGACGGAGGAUAUGCCUGCUGGUGCUUCCUGGGUGUCAGCAAGUAGCUCUUCCCUAUACCCAGCCAGACUACGGGACUUCAGACACCAGCCAAUCGCCUCCAUCUCUUUGUCAGCCUUACCUUUAGAAGAAGCGCCCCCAUACGAGGCAGUAGUGAGUGAACAAAACCAGCCCCUUCCUCUGAUGCCCCUGGAUCUGCUCAAACACACUACAGUGGACAGCAGUCCUCAGGACAGCGUUUCCCACAGGAUCCUGUAAUCCUGACCUCUCUAGCACACUCAUGCGUCACCAGUACCAAACCAGCUUUGAGGGACUCCUUUGUGUGGCUGAGGUCUCCUGAGUCAAGAGCUGAAACUGACACCUGCUAAAGCCCACAAUUACCUCUCACUUCAGCUGACACGGACACUGCACCUCCUGUUUUAUCUGACACAGCAGGAGCCGCCAUGAGAGCACAGGGCUAUCGACCACUUUUUGUGCGUCACCUCACCUUGUCUUUUGCUUAUGGUGUAAUUAUAUGUCAACUUCUCUUACUGGUAGACUUAUAGAUGAUUUCAACUUCACAAGUACCACAGCUAAUUUCAACGCUAUUUUGGAUGCCCUGACAUUAAAAAGAGCAGAAAGCUUCUCAAUAAACAUCACCUGGAGAAAUUUACAUAGGAAUAGAAAUUUACCUUUCUUUUUAUUGUGAAAAUUUGAGUGUUCCUGCAUGAGUGACUAUUUACACUUGACUGUCUAUUACAACCUUUUUUCUUUUUUUUUCUUUUUUUUUUCCUUCAAAUUUAGGGUUGGUUUUAACCAUUUAUGUUUUGUAAUCUGAAAAGUUUUUUUUAAAGAUAAUAUUUUGUAAAUUUCAUAGAAUAACUAGCAAAGAUGAGAAAUUACCUUUAAAGCAAUUUGAAUGUCAUCAGAAAAUCAAUAUGCUUUUAGUCCAUACUUUUUUACUCAUAAUUUAUUUGCUCCUUACAUCAGUGGUUCUCAACCAGAGGGAGACUUCCAGCCCCAAAAGUCUUUAAAUUAUUUAUAUUAACAUAAUGUUAAUUAAAAUACUGAAAAAACAAACUAAAAAUUUGAUAUACAACAUUAAACUGACAUCAUAAUUUUAAAGUCACCAUGAAAUGAAUAUUGACAAUAUGCAGUAUUAGUUAUAAAUGAUUUAUCCAUGUACCUCAUUAGUUUUUUUUUUUUUUGUUUUUUUUUAAUUUGUGUAUCCUAGUAAUCUUUAAUCAAAAUAACUUCCCCUCCCUCUUGCAGCAGCAUCUCUUCUUUUCUCUGAUGACGUGUUUACUGGCACGAGACAACCUGUCGCUCACAUGAGAUCGCAGCAAUAGCAAACCACAACCAUCCAAUCCAUUCCCAAUGGACAAAUCAUGUCCUGCCCUUUUGUCUUGCUCGAGAUGCCGUUUCACUCAGAUAUACAUCACAGUUGAGAAGAAAAGAUAUCUCAACUUCCAUUUCAUGCUGACUUUAAUUUAGAUUAUUGUCUUGGACAAAGGAGGGCCUUGGAGUCAAAAAGAUUGAGAACCACUGUUUUACAUCUAGUUCAUAGAUCACUGUGAUUUCUUUAUAUUUCCUUUUUUUUUUGCAGACUGUUUUCCUAAAGUCUCCUGGCAAUGCUAAUUUUCAAAUGCAUCUGAAGAUCUUAUUAGGAAAACAGCAGAUGAGCGAUGAGUACGAUAUCAAUUCAUAUGACAAAUACAAACUAUAGUUAGAAAGGGCUGUAGGGGACACUUUGCAAAAGGGUGUUAACAAUUUUACAUUGUUCUCCUAAACUGCAUUGAUGCUGUGUGCAUUAUAACAUAAGAGCUGAGACUGUACCUAAGUAGCUCAAUAGCAAAGCCAUUGUAGCAUUGAUGUCAAAAUGAAAUGAAACAUAAGAUAGUUCUUGCUGGACACAAUCUGUGCUUCCAAAACAUUUAUCUAUCAGAUUUGUUCCUGUUUUUGUUCUAACAUUUCCCACUUCAUUCAUUGUAACAGUGGUUUCCCUGCACAUGCAUGUAUCUGAUAUACAAUGUGCCUAUUAAUCAACAUGACUGUUAGAUUAACAUGCUAAAGAAACUUUCUUUCCACCCAUUUGUUUUUGGUUUGUCUUACCUUUUGAUGUAACUUAUGAAACUAAUAUAUAUAUACAGUCAGCUCCAGAAUUAUUGGCAUCCUUGGUAAAUAUGAGCAAAAGGGGCUUUGAAAAUAAAUCUAUAUGUUUAUCCUUUUGAUCUUUCAUUCAAGAAAAUCACAAAAUUCUAACCUAUCAUUGAAGUAAAACAGUGGAAAGGGAGGGAUGUUUUUCUCCAGUUCACAUUGGCCACAAUUAUUGGCACCCAAUUAUUGCAACGUCCUUUUCCAAGAGAACAGCUCUGAGUCUAAUGCCUGAUGACUUUGGAGAACACCUGACAAGAGAUCAGAGACCAUUUGUCAGAGACUAUAGGGUACAAGUCAGGGAACUGGGAACCAGGGCAGGUUUUGUGCUCAGUGACACAUUUUUAGUAUUUGGUAGAAUCCAUGUAUCUGAACAAGAUGUCCAGGACCUCCAGCAAAAAAUAAAUAAUAAAUAGGCCCACAACAUUAAAGAUCAAGCAGUAUAUUUAACCAUAGGGUACUUUUCAUCCCUGUUUGCACCAAACCCAUCUGGUGGGUUUGCUGCCAAAAAGCUUUUUUUUUCUUUUUUUUUUCCAUCUGACCAUAGAACCAGGUCCCUUUUGAAGUUUCGGUCAUGACUAACAACUGAAUAUGCUGGAGUUUGUUUUAUGGAUGAGAUGUUUCUUGAAACCCUUCCGAACAACUUGUGGUGAUGAAGGUGCUGUGCGAUACAUUUUUUUUUAGGCUUUCUGACCCCAAGACUCAACUAAUCUCUGCAAUUCUUCAGCUGUGAUCCUUGGAGAGUCUUUGGCCACUCAAACUUUCCUCCUCACCGCACAUUAGGACGAUAUAGACGUGCAUCCUCUUCCAGGCAGAUUUGUAACAUCUUUAGUUGAUUGGAACUUCUUAAUUAUUUCCCUGAUGGUGGAAAUGGGGAUUUUCAAUGCUUUAGCUAUUUACUUGCAGCCACUUUCUGUUUUGUGAAGCUCAACAUCUUUUGCUACACAUCAGAACUAUAUUCUUUGGUUUUUCUCAUUGUGAUGAAUGAUUAAGGGAAUUUGGCCUUUAUGUUUCCUCAUAUGUAUACUCCUGUGGAACAGAAAUUCAUGGCUGGACAAUUUUCCUAGUGACCCUGUUGUCUUAAAAAACAACGACGACAACAACAAAAAAAAAACGUAAGUAUGAAUGGGAAUAUACUUCAGAGAUAUCGUACUCAUAAGAGUUUCUGGGGUGCCAAUGACCAACAUGCAUUGGAGAAAAACGUUUAUUUCAUAAUGUGAGUUUCCCCCCACUUUCAGUUGUUUUACUACAACGAAAGGUUAGAAUUUUGUGAAUUUUUUUUGAAUGAAAGAUCAAAAGGAUAAACAAUUAGAUUAAUUUUCAAGUUGCCCAGAAAAUGACACUGCAUGAUACCUCACCUCAAUUCUUGCCACUUUCCCCUCACCGCACGAAAGUAUAUACUUAUAGAAAAGAGGGUCUGUAAGGGAUUUUUAAAUUGAAUUUGAUGCAUGAAUGCGUUUCUUGUGUAGUGAAAAGCAGCUCAAAACAGAAAUGAAUAUUAAAUGGCCCACUAUUACUUAUUUAUCGUAGUUUGAACUCUCAUAUUAAAGUACUUUUGACUUCCACCGAUGUUUAGUUAAAAAGUUAUACUCGUUACGUAUAAAGAAAGGCUACUUAUUCUAUAACACAUCAGAAGUAGCAUUAUGAAGUAAUUUUGUAAAUGUCGAGCUUGUCUCGUUCUGGUCGUAUAGCUCUGUAUAGGCAUGAGCUGUAUUGGUCAACACUUUAGAUAAAGAAUCUGUCCAGAUGUUCUAUGAUGUAACGAGCAGAGGUGUAUUAGCUGUUGCCACCACACUGUAAUACUAAUACUGUGUCUGUACACUCUCGAGUUUAAGUCACAUUUGUUAGCACAAGACUGUAGCAAUUCUGUGUGCAUAAAGAUAAAAUUAACACAUACAAGUCAGAUUUUAAGGAAUAUUGCCAAAUUAUUGCCAAAUUAAUUAAGAUCUACUUCCAACUGGUUGCAUAGUAUUUCUUUUCUGUUGGCUUUUAAGGAUUUGUGCAUUUUAGUUGCAUCUAUGGAGCUGAUGUUCAGGAAAAUCACUUUAAAAUGGCUUACAUUUGUGUGCUAAACUAUUUCACUAGUUUCAUUAGACCACAUCGAUAUUGAUUCUUACACCAGAAAUAGCACCUUAGCAUCAAAGCCCAUUGUAAAUGUUGACUUUUAAUGAAUCUACAUCUCAAAUGUGUCAUUUCUGUCACAAUGUUGUGGUUGGUUGUCCAAAGUGAUAAUGCUGUUUCAUAGAGCUGCAGAUGUUGAUGUAUGUUUUGUAUUAGAGUCUUUAUUCCUUUACCACUAUAUCCACUGAAUAAAUAAAAACACAAGACUUCUAUUGAGACGUUAA